UUGGCUGCUCACUGUGGUGAGGAGUGGGACGGGAGCGCGCUGCCAGCUGUGAGGGGAGCAGAGAAAACGGCCAGGAGAGUACUAAAGGGACAAAGAACCGCUGUUUCAGGUCUCAUCCUCUCCAGCAGGUUGUAAAGCUAAAGGUCUGCGUCCAGUGAAGGGUGUACUGCUUGUUCUUCGUCUGUCAAAAUCUCUGUCUUCUCCUCCCUCCUCCUGCAUCAUGGUGCGCCCAGUUGCCAUUCAAUGUCUCUUGUUCGCUUUGCUGUGCAUGCUGGCACUGUGCAACGCCCAGUCAGACUCUGGCACCCCUGCAAUCCAGCUCCGUCUAGUUGGUGAGAAGCGGAAACACUACGAGGGCCGGGUGGAGGUAUUCUACAAUGGAGAGUGGGGGACAGUGUGUGAUGAUGACUUCUCCAUCUACGCUGCCCAAGUGGUGUGCAGAGAGCUUGGGUUCGUGGGCGCUGAGUCCUGGUUGCCCUCUGCCAAGUACGGAAAAGGAGACGGCCGUAUCUGGCUAGACAAUGUGCACUGCACUGGUGGAGAGAAGAGCCUGGCUCAGUGUGAGUCCAACGGCUUUGGAGUGUCUGACUGCAAACAUUCAGAGGAUGUCGGGGUGGUGUGCAACCAGAAGCGCAUUCCUGGCUUCAAGUUCAUCCGGAACCAGGCCAACAGCGAGGAGGGUUUGACAGUGCAGGUGGAGGAUGUGAGGAUCAGGGCCACGUAUUCUCACAGGAAAAGGAUUCCCAUCACUGAGGGCUUUUUGGAGGUGAAAGAUGGAGGCAAGUGGAGACAGAUCUGUAACGAGGAGUGGACAGAGAUGAACAGCAGGGUCAUCUGUGGCAUGUAUGGCUUCCCCGGGGAGAAGCGCUUCAAUACCCGACCCUACAAAUUGCUGUCCAAUCGUCGUAAGAAGAACUACUGGGGUUUCUCUGUCAACUGCACAGGCAACGAGGCCAACUUGUCCGAUUGUAAACUGGGCGGGGAGGUAGAGCUGAAGGGCAACAACACCUGUGGACAGGGCAUGCCUGUAGUGAUCAGUUGUGUGCCUGGACGUGCCUUUGCUCCCAGCGUCAGCGUCGGCUUCAGGAAGGCCUACAGGGUGGAGCAACCAUUGGUGCGUCUAAGAGGCGGAGCUAUGAUAGGCGAGGGGCGAGUGGAGGUGUUGAAGAACGGCGAGUGGGGUACAGUGUGUGAUGACAACUGGAACAUUCGAGCUGCCACUGUUGUUUGUCGAGAACUGGGAUUCGGAAGCGCCAAAGAGGCUCUGACAGGUGCCCGACUGGGGCAAGGGAUCGGGCCGGUCCACAUGAAUGAGGUGGAGUGCUCCGGGUUUGAAAAGUCACUGACUGAGUGCCACUUCAACCGUGACUCUCUGGGCUGCAGCCACGAGGAAGACGCAGCUGUCAGGUGUAAUGUUCCUGCCAUGGGUUUUCACAACAGACUUCGGUUAAGCGGUGGCCGCAACCCCUAUGAGGGCCGUGUGGAGGUCCUGGCAGAGAAGAACGGCUCUCUGGUGUGGGGCGCGGUGUGCAGUGAAAGCUGGGGGACCAUGGAGGCCAUGGUAGUGUGCAGACAGCUGGGCUUGGGCUUUGCCAGCCACGCUUUCCAGGAAACAUGGUACUGGGAAGGAGAUUCCUCAUCUAAUUCUGUGGUGAUGAGUGGAGUGAGAUGUUCAGGAACCGAGCUGACUCUGGAUCAGUGUCUACAUCAUGGGAAACACAUCGACUGCCCGAAAGGAGGUGGACGUUUCUCUGCUGGGGUCUCAUGCACUCAGACGGCCCCAGACCUGGUGCUCAACGCUCAGGUUGUAGAGCAAACCACCUACCUGGAGGACAGGCCUAUGUACGCGCUGCAGUGUGCCGCAGAGGAGAACUGCCUCUCCAGCAGCGCUGACAAAGCCGACUCCAGCUCCUACCGCCGCCUUCUCCGCUUCUCCUCCCAGAUCCACAACAACGGACAGUCAGACUUCAGGCCGCGGGCAGCACAUCACUCCUGGAUUUGGCAUGAAUGUCACAGACAUUACCAUAGUAUGGAGGUUUUCACCCACUAUGACUUGCUGAGUCUGAAUGGCACUAAAGUGGCAGAGGGACACAAAGCCAGCUUCUGCCUGGAGGACACCUACUGUGACGAAGGUAUCCAGAAAAGGUACGAAUGUGCGAACUUCGGUUCACAAGGAAUCACUGUUGGCUGCUGGGAUACCUACAGACAUGACAUUGAUUGUCAGUGGAUUGACAUCACAGACGUGAAGCCUGGCGACUACAUCUUCCAGAUUGUGAUAAACCCUAACUAUGAGGUUGCCGAAUCAGAUUACACCAACAACAUUAUGAAGUGUCGCUCCCGGUAUGAUGGCCAACGGAUAUGGACAUACAACUGUCGUAUAGGUGGCACAAUGAGUUCAGAAACAGAGGAACCAUUCCCUGGACUGCUGACCAACCAGCUGUCACACAGGUAGACCCGAGAUGGACAACACAGACGCACGGACGUUGGGGAAGCAAAUAUAAAUAUUUGACAACCACUAGAGGGGGCUGUACUGCUUUGCUUCCUCAGAUCAGUGCUGGAUUGAUGAGUUCAGAGCUCAACUGGUACAACAGACAAUGAUUCAAUGAGAAAAAAGACCUGCUUGCUUAUUAAAUGUAUUAACCACAUUCAGCUGUACAAAAAUGUUCUUAUCUCUUCGUGUCUCUUGCCUUUGUUGUCAGUGAAAUGUAGGUUUUGACCUGGUGCUUAAUGGGAGAGAUGUCAGGGAGGAUUGCAGCCAAAUUAUUUAUUAAAUUAACUGUACCAACAGUAACCUUCUAAGCCAAAUUUUCAAGCAUUUGGGGAAGGCCUCAAAUAAUAAUAAAAAAACAUUAGAUGAGACCUUCAACUAUCAUGUAUAUACAUGUUGUCAGCAUUUUGCACAGUAUGUUCACUCCCCAUCACAAUUGAAUUGAAAGACAGGUGUAUAAAUCACAUUUGCGUCCACAGUAUUAGAUAGUAAAAGGCCUUAACUAGAAACCAAGAUCAGAUGCACUACACGAUUAUAAUUACUGCAGAGAAACAAGCCACAAUCUAUGGCAACAACACAACUGACAAGACAAAUAACUUGUUUUCAGAAGAACUGUGUUUAAGCUUUCUACAAAUUAUGACAACUUGCAACCACAACUGCAAUAUAGGCAGUGAAAGUUGGGGUUUAUUUUUGCAAUUUCUGUCAGAGCUACUCCAGUGCUGAAUAUAGUGGAUUUAUUUAUGCCAACAGUUGCUUGGAUUUGGUUCCUACAGUGACAAUCUGCAAUGAUUUUCAGUCAUAAAUUUAAGUCAGAAUUAAGCUGAGAGGGAAAGUGCUUUUUGCUUCCAGGAUUUUGUGUUCCACAUACUUGAGCUCACUUUUGAAAAUGUUUUAUUUAUUGAAUAUUUUUUUCUUGGUUGUUACAGUAGACACACAUUUUCAUCUUUAUGAAAUGCACAUCCCCUCAGCUUAUUUUUCAGUUUUGUUUAAAUUAUUACCAUCAGGGACUAUGAUAACAUUGUGGAUGUACUGUAAUAGCCUCAAAUGUGUGUGAAAAUGCCUCUUCAUUGUUUUGUAAAUUUGUUUUUUUAAUGUAGCAAAUUGAAUGACCCCUCUUUUUUUAUAAGGGUACUUGUUGUGGCCUGAUUGUUUUUAUUUUGUAUGCAAGGGUGAAUGUGGAAAAGCGUUACGUUGUUUGAAAUAAAAGUGGUAAA